GCCACUGUAACCUGUCAAAGAAGAGCUAAGGGAGCUUUCAGGGUUCGCUUCUUGGAGGCUGCUUUCUCCUUUACUUGGAAGGCUUUGCUAGUGAUGGACCCAUACGUGAUUCAGAUGAGCAGCAAAGGCAACCUCCCCUCAAUUCUGGAUGUGCAUGUCAGCGUUGGUGGGAGAAGCUCUGUGCCGGGAAAAAUGAAAGGCAGGAAUACCAGGUGGUCCGUGAGGCCUUCAGACAUGGCCAACAAAACUUUCAACCCCAUCCGAGCCAUUGUGGACAACAUGAAAGUGAAACCAAAUCCAAACAAAACCAUGAUUUCUCUGUCCAUUGGGGACCCUACUGUGUUUGGAAACCUGCCUACAGACCCUGAAGUUACCCAGGCAAUGAAAGAUGCCCUGGACUCCGGCAAAUAUAAUGGCUAUGCCCCAUCCAUCGGCUUCCUAUCUAGUCGGGAGGAGAUUGCUUCUUAUUACCACUGUCCCGAGGCACCCCUAGAAGCUAAGGAUGUCAUUCUGACAAGUGGCUGCAGUCAAGCUAUUGAAAUGUGUCUAGCUGUGUUGGCCAACCCAGGGCAAAACAUCCUGGUUCCAAGACCUGGUUUCUCUCUCUACAGGACUCUGGCUGAAUCUAUGGGAAUUGAGGUCAAACUCUACAAUUUGUUGCCAGAGAAGUCUUGGGAAAUUGACCUGAAACAACUGGAAUCUCUGAUUGAUGAAAAGACAGCUUGUCUCAUUGUCAAUAAUCCAUCAAACCCCUGUGGGUCAGUGUUCAGCAAACGUCAUCUUCAGAAGAUUCUGGCAGUGGCUGCACGGCAGUGUGUCCCCAUCUUAGCUGAUGAGAUCUAUGGAGACAUGGUGUUUUCGGAUUGCAAAUAUGAACCACUGGCCACCCUCAGCACCGACGUCCCCGUCCUGUCCUGUGGAGGGCUGGCCAAGCGCUGGCUGGUUCCUGGCUGGAGGAUGGGCUGGAUCCUCAUUCAUGACCGAAGAGACAUUUUUGGCAAUGAGAUCCGAGAUGGGCUGGCAAAGCUGAGUCAGCGCAUCUUGGGACCCUGUACCAUUGUCCAGGGAGCUCUGAAAAGCAUCCUCCGUCGCACCCCGGAAGAGUUUUACCACAACACUCUGAGCUUCCUCAAGUCCAGUGCUGAUCUCUGUUAUGGGGCAUUGGCUGCCAUCCCCGGACUCCGGCCAGUCCGCCCUUCUGGGGCCAUGUACCUCAUGGUUGGAAUUGAGAUGGAACAUUUCCCAGAAUUUGAGAACGAUGUGGAGUUCACGGAGCGGUUAGUUGCUGAGCAGUCUGUCCACUGCCUCCCAGCAACGUGCUUCGAGUACCCGAAUUUCAUCCGAGUGGUCAUCACAGUCCCCAAGGUGAUGAUGCUGGAGGCGUGCAGCCGGAUCCAGGAGUUCUGUGAGCAGCACUACCACUGUGCUGAAGGCAGCCAGGAGGAGUGUGAUAAAUAGGCCUGCAUCCAUUCUCCUGAGGAUGUGUCCCAUCUCGGGAGGGCUGGACUAGGCCUUGCGGCUCCUCAGGGACUCAGGUGGCCCUACUGGAGAGGGGCCUCAGAUGCACCAUGUCAAGAGUUUAAGAUUGUUCCUGCUUUUCCCCAAGUACGAUCACACCCAGAUUC